AUGAAUGUACAGGUCCUCCCGCAUGGCGUGACCAUCCAUAGGAUCAUUGUGCAAGUAGAGGGAAAGACACACGAUAUCCUCAUCGGUCCUGAAGAUCCCAAAGACUAUGAGACAUUCAAAUACACAAACACCAUCAUCGGACGGUAUGCCAACCGCGUGCGGGUUGGGGAACAUAUAGUCAAGAAGGAUGGAUUCGAGAGCUUGACAAAGCCCGUUAGCAAUGAGUCUCCUGAAGUUUCUUUGCACGGCGGUCUCCUGGGGUUUGAUUUUGCAGUUUGGCAGUGCUUGCCCCUCGAAAAUGCCAAGCUCUUCACACCUGCUGAGAUCCGCACUAUCCAGAGCUCCUCUGAGUCAUCUGAUAAUGCAGCUAUCUAUGCAUACACAUCAAAAGACGGAGAUCAAGGUUAUCCAGGGGAGUUGUACCUCGAGACGCUCGUUGCGCUGCUCCCUCCUGCACAAAGUGAGAAAGGAAAGGUGGGAAGCAUAGUGAUCUUGUACAGGGCAAGGUUAACAAAUGAGGGUGUCACUCCCAUUAAUUUGACACAACACUGGGGAUUCAACCUCGAUGCAAGCUUGCAGGAGGGUGAAAAUGGGAAUGAUAAGCUUUCAGUGAAGAAUCACAAGCUAAAUAUCAAGGCGAGCCACAUUGCUGAGCUCCUUCCAAAUGGUCUCCCCUCCGGAAAAUACUGCCCAGUCGGCGGCACAGUGCACGAACACGACGACAAACUAAUCAAAGAGGGAUAUCCAAACUAUGGGUAUGACCACUACUAUCUUCUUGCUCCUCGCCCAUGCGAACAAAUUUCGCCACACCGUAUAUCUGCAAAAGAAUUUGAUACUGCAGGAGAGGAACUAAAUAUGGUAAAAGAGAUAUUUGAGAGCACGAAUGAACCGGUGGUCCAGUUGAAAAGCGAGAAAUCGGGGUUGAAGGUCGAUUUUGAUUCGAACCGUGCUGGCCUUAUGUUCUACACGAACAACCAUCCGAACAAGCAGUUUCGAAAGAAGAUUCACGGCAAUUCGGGAAUGAAGGACGACGGGUAUAUCAAUGGCUCUGCAGCAUUCCUCGAGUUUCACGAGCCACUCUCUGCUUUCCUCCACCCCGAAGCGACACCGAACAGUACAGACACGCUUCUUACGUCCAACGAGAUCUACAACAAUUUUGUCCGUGCAGAUAUCUUUGUGGACAGUGAGCACGUUCGGGGCGGUUGA